AUGAGGCGAUGCAGAGGAGUGUGUCAGCCUAGUGCAUCUAAAGGAGAUGCUGAUUCAAGCGAUGCAGAGGAGUGUCAGCCUAGUGCAUCUAAAGGAGAUGCUGAUUCAAGCGAUGCAGAGGAGUGUGUCAGCCUAGUGCAUCUAAAGGAGAUGCUGAUUCAAGCGAUGCAGAGGAGUGUCAGCCUAGUGCAUCUAAAGGAGAUGCUGAUUCAAGCGAUGCAGAGGAGUCGAUGCAGAGGAGUGUGUCAGCCUAGUGCAUCUAAAGGAGAUGCUGAUUCAAGCGAUGCAGAGGAGUGUCAGCCUAGUGCAUCUAAAGGAGAUGCUGAUUCAAGCGAUGCAGAGGAGUGUCAGCCUAGUGCAUCUAAAGGAGAUGCUGAUUCAAGCGAUGCAGAGGAGUGUCGAUGCAGAGGAGUGUGUCAGCCUAGUGUAUCUAAAGGAGAUGCUGAUUCAAGCGAUGCAGAGGAGUGUCAGCCUAGUGCAUCUAAAGGAGAUGCUGAUUCAAGCGAUGCAGAGGAGUGUCAGCCUAGUGCAUCUAAAGGAGAUGCUGAUUCAAGCGAUGCAGAGGAGUGUCAGCCUAGUGCAUCUAAAGGAGAUGCUGAUUCAAGCGAUGCAGAGGAGUGUGUCAGCCUAGUGCAUCUAAAGGAGAUGCUGAUUCAAGCGAUGCAGAGGAGUCGAUGCAGAGGAGUGUGUCAGCCUAGUGCAUCUAAAGGAGAUGCUGAUUCAAGCGAUGCAGAGGAGUGUCAGCCUAGUGCAUCUAAAGGAGAUGCUGAUUCAAGCGAUGCAGAGGAGUGUGUCAGCCUAGAGCAUCUAAAGGAGAUGCUGAUUCAAGCGAUGCAGAGGAGUCGAUGCAGAGGAGUGUGUCAGCCUAGUGCAUCUAAAGGAGAUGCUGAUUCAAGCGAUGCAGAGGAGUGUCAGCCUAGUGCAUCUAAAGGAGAUGCUGAUUCAAGCGAUGCAGAGGAGUGUCGAUGCAGAGGAGUGUGUCAGCCUAGUGCAUCUAAAGGAGAUGCUGAUUCAAGCGAUGCAGAGGAGUGUCAGCCUAGUGCAUCUAAAGGAGAUGCUGAUUCAAGCGAUGCAGAGGAGUGUCAGCCUAGUGCAUCUAAAGGAGAUGCUGAUUCAAGCGAUGCAGAGGAGUGUCAGCCUAGUGCAUCUAAAGGAGAUGCUGAUUCAAGCGAUGCAGAGGAGUGUCAGCCUAGUGCAUCCAAAGGAGAUGCUGAUUCAAGCGAUGCAGAGGAGUGUCAGCCUAGUGCAUCCAAAGGAGAUGCUGAUUCAAGCGAUGCAGAGGAGUGUCAGCCUAGUGCAUCCAAAUGA